UUAUGAUAACGGUCGAUAUCUGAACAGUAGUUCGAUUCGAAAAUCGAAAAGUGUAAAAGAGAUAAGGAAACAUUUUAUCAUUUGAUAGCGCCGUCAGUGGCGAUAAGUUGUAAAUUUUGAAAUUAAUGCUCAUUGAACGCUCAAUUGUUAUUUACGAAUGUGAUUGUUAUAAAAAUAAUUACUUUAAUUCCGAUAUUUAUGUGCGCAUUUAGCUUAUUUAAGGACUUGAAUUUAAAUAAUUUAAUUGACACAUUCGAUCGUAAAUAAUUGCAAACGUUUAAAAAAUAUGUAUGUAAACAGUGACUUUAAAAUUGAAUUGCUUUAGGUCAUUCAUUACUUGCUUUACAAUAUGUAAACAAAUUAAAAUAUUUAUUAACUACCGCAUACGAAAGUUCAAAGCAAAAAACGUCCGGUUCGCUUAAGUCCGGUUUGCUUAUUAAGACAGGCUGAGUGCAUUUAUUUUGGAAAUACAUAAUACAUAUAUUAUAUUGUAAUAAUAAUUUUUAUAAAGGCGCUAAUAAAUCCGUGAUAUCUCUUUCGCUGUACGUAUCGAUUUCGAAUGUAAGAACGGGAAAUGCGAGAAAAACAUAACAUUUUGAUAAAGCCUACAAAACCUCCUUUUAGUAUUGCAUAUGUCAUCUUGCUUUCCUGCUUGCUGAUUCAUUAUGGAGCAGCUCAAAGUUCGACUAGUCCCGACGAGCAACUAAAUGAUGACAUACAAAUUAUUUGGACACCAACCGAAAACUCCAUUAAUUUUACAGUUGCAGAUCCAGAUAAUUACGAAAUUCAGUCGGUUUCAUGCAGAAGUCAAAAAAAUUUAGACGGUGAGAAUGAACAUAUUUGCGAAAAUCUUAGUCCCUGCUUAACAUACUUUGCAACAUUAUAUGUGAAGAAUUUAUCUGAUUCUAGCCAACCAUAUAUUGAAAAAGUAGUACAAGCUCAAACAAAUUAUGCUGAGCCAAUAGUCGUUCUCGAACCUGUAAAAACUGGAACUGAAGAGCUUAAUCUAACGUGGCAGGUUGUUCACAUGACAUGUGUAUCAAAUUUUCAAAUUGAUGUUAAAUCUGUUGAAAAGGAUUACAAAUGGACUGUAGUUGUGAAUGAUAAAACGUUUUUACAUGUUGAUGAACUGGAGCCAUGUGAACAGUAUAAUAUACAACUUAAAACUUAUGAUGUUAAUAAAAUAUUAGUGUCGAACCAAAGCUCAACGAGCUGGACGGAUUAUGCUGAACCGGGUGAAGUCAAUGUAACUUUAUCUCCACAUGGAAAAGACAUGAAAGCAACAUGGGAUCUACCGUCUUAUAAAACUUGCAUUACCUCCUAUACAUUCAAAUGGUCAAAAUUAGAUUGUGAAGCAAUUGAUGGUGGCCUAUCUUUAAAAGAAUUAGAAAAUAUGUUUUUUGAUAGUCUUGAAGGAUCUGGUGACAGUUCUGUGACUGAAAUGCCAACUACAACGGUAACUACAACAGAUGAACACUGUGAAUGGUCGUCCACUUUAAAUGAUGAAAAUGCAAAAGAGUUUAUUAUAAAAAAUUUGGAAGGUUGUGAAAAUUAUGAAUUUGCAAUUUACAUCAACUCGAAUUCAACACCGAAAUCUGAAAAAGAAAUAUUUACUUCGCCACAACAAGUACCAGGCGUCGUUACAUUUCAAUUACCUGUAAUAACCUCCACUAACAUCUCGAUUUAUUGGAAUCCACCAACAGAGAACUUAAAAUGUGUUCAAUUUUAUAACAUAUCUGCAACAGGGCCACUUCAAAGACCUGAAGAGGAUGUACGAACAUAUGAAAGUGUAACGACCGAUACAAGUAUGCAUUUUGACAAUCUUGAUCCAUGUGGCCACUAUAAUUAUUCGGUAACUGCAAUUGCAUUGGAUGGCACCUCUGGGAUAACAGCCAAUUCGUCAUUCGAUACACUUGAAGAGAAACCCAGUGCUGUUCGUGUAAAUGACUUUAUAUCGGCGCCAUACUCUUUGGAAAUUUCGUGGCAACAACCACUUUUUGCAGACCUGUGUUUAAAUGGUUAUCGCCUCUCUCUUUGGAAGCUUAAGAGUACACUUUCCGAAAUAGAUUUAGUAACUAAUGACACUUUUGUGCGAUUUGAAAAACUUAAUUCCUGCCAAGCAUACACCAUACAAAUAAUACCAACAACAAAAACGAUGGAUGGUGAGUUGACCCAAAUUGAAGCUGAAACAUCCGCAAUUGUUGCUCAGUCUAUAGUAUUUGAAAAACUUGCCGUGUAUCCAAAUGGUAUUGAACUUAAUGCACGUGAUCAAGAUACAAACAACAAUUGUGACAAUCUAUUCGCACAUUUUCGGUGUGAUCUCGCUGAUAGUACAUUGGUUGAUGUACCAUAUAAGACAUCUGAGCAGUACAUAGAAAAGGUUGGAGGUAUUACUUUCACAGCUUUUCUAUCACCCCUUUCUCCGAACACUAAAUAUAAAUGUAACUGCAAAAUUUUCAACGUUGCCGGUUGGUCUGCUGUGAAGGAUAUAGUGGAUACUUUAGGACCAUAUUAUCCCGACACUCCACUAAAUGUAGGGCUAAAAACUAAAACUAAUUCGUCAAUUCAUUUUAGUUGGGAGACGCCAAAGUUUUCCAAUGGAAACAUAAAACUAUAUAUUACUCAUUUUCAACGUGUGGAGGCUGCAUAUUUUGUGCCAUCUGAAUGUAGUACUAUUUUAAUGGAAUCUAUUAAAACAGAAACCUCAAGUUUGGAAUUGACAUUUCCUAAUUUGACACCAUAUACGCGAUAUAGUAUUCAAAUUGCAGCACAAAAUGAGUAUGGAAUUGGUGAAUACACAAGGCCAUUUAUGGGUAUUACAGAACCUUGGGUUUCAGAAAAAGUACAGAAUUUGAAUAUGGAAACGGAAGGCCCAUAUGCAUCACAAGAGGAGUAUCGUGCUAACGUACUCAUUACUUGGAUGUUACCAUGCAAAUCAAAUGGUGAGAUUAGUUACUUCUUAGUAAAAUUUGUUGGAGUGCGUGAAAAUUAUGGGACCGAAAGUUUUACACGCCAUAUAAAACCUGAAUACAAUAGACAUGGUAAAAUGGUUCACAAUGAAACAGAUUUAAAGCCCCAAUAUCAGUACAAAGUUUCUGUUGAAGUCCAAACAAAGGAUGUUGACAGAUUAAGCGAUGAAGAAUGGGGAUAUUUUGAUGCUCCAGCUGGAAUUCCAAAGAAACUCAGUUCUGACGAAGUAAGUCUAACGCAAGUGAGUGCAUAUGAAGCAGAUAAUCCAACAAUUUCCGCAAAGGUCCGUUUUCCCAAAGAUAUAUUAGAAUCAGAAUCUGGAUCCGUGUUGUAUGUAGCACUAUUAAUAUCAGAAAAGAGUUGUAAUCCGGAGCCGCAAUUAGUGUACGCUGCAAUGGAUUCCAGAAAUAUUUGGCCUAACAGCUUAAAUUGGGUAGAGGUUUACGAAGAGAGCAAUGCGUGCAUAUCGCAGUAUCAAACUACACCACUACGAUGGGAUCCAUUAGAUCAAAAAACGAAUGAAUUCAAAAGUAGUAUUAGUGGAAGCCGGGAAUUGGAUGAUGAUGACUUUAUAACAUAUACAAUUGGAUCCGAUAAGUGUAAAGGAUCCAUGGAACGCUAUUGCAAUGGACCCCUUAGAGCUGAUACUGAGUACUAUUUAGUUAUUCGACUUUUCACGAAGUCCGGUUAUAGUGAUGCAGUCAUGCUUGAAUUUAAAACAGAUUCAUUAAUACAAUUAACUAUAAUUUUGUCGAGUGUUAUUUCUUGUUUGCUUUUUGCUUUUAUUGCGGGGUUAAUAUAUCUUUGGGUAACAAAAAGGAUUGCUUGGCACAGAGAAUCAUGUCAUGGGUUAGAAGAUUUGUUUGGUGACAUUGUGACUAAAAACUUUGCCAUUUACUACCGUGAUGUUGCAAAACCGGAAAAACUGUUACGAGAAUUCAAGGAAUUAACAAUGGUCGCAAUGGAUUUAAGUUAUUCCGCUUCUGAACUCGGUUGCAACAAAAAUCGAUAUGCAGAUAUAUUUCCUUAUGAUAAAAAUCGUGUAAUUUUGGACAUUGAUGCAGAAGGUUCCGAUUACAUUAAUGCAUCUUUUAUAGAUGGUUAUAGACGAAAAAAGGAAUACAUUGCUACACAAGGUCCGAAGUUGGAGAGUACUUUAGAUUUUUGGCGUAUGGUUUUGCAACAUAACGUUCGUGUCAUUGUUAUGGUAACACAAUUUCGGGAAGCAGAUGUGGUUAAAUGUCACGAAUACUUUCCUUAUAAAUCAAAAGGUAUUAAUGUUUCUAUAAAGAAGAAAGAGACAUUUGAGUUGUACGAUCGAACAGAGAUAUACGUUUCACACUAUCAGUAUGACUUGAAACAAAAAGUAGUUCAUUUUUAUUUUAAAAAAUGGCCAGACCAUGGCGUUCCAUCAGAUCCCAAUCAGUUGAUCACAUUUGCUAAAAAAGUUAAGAGUGAAAAAGUACCUAGCUACUCACCAAUUGUUGUACAUUGCAGCGCCGGAGUUGGGAGAACAGGAACUUUUAUUGGUCUUGAUAUCAUCAUGCAGAGAAUUAAAAGUGAAUCGAAAAUAAAUGUUUAUGAAACCGUUAAAAAAUUGCGUUUCCAGCGUAUGAAAAUGGUGCAAACCCAAGCGCAAUAUAAUUUUCUUUAUAUUUGCGCUUACGAGUUGGUGAAACAUAAAGCAGCUAGACAUAACUUACAAUACCAAAAUAAAGUUAAUGGAAAAAAAGUGAGCUUUGAAGAUGACAAUAUUAUAAAUGAACGUGACAAGGCAUCUAACAGUCAAAGUAAUCAUGAUAUCGGUUUAGUGUCAGAAAAAUUACCAACCAGUAGUAAUAGACCAAUGAAAAGUUACAACACAGAAACUUCUACAUAUAAUAGCCCUUCUCUUAAGUUAAAGAAUAAUGGUUUCCAACCCAAUUAUCAAAGAUAUAAAGAAUAUGAUCAAGAUAUAUCAAGCGAUAUUCUUAAAGAAAAUACUUCAGAGAGUGUAAUGUAAUGAUGACGAUGAUGUAUUAUAUCCUCUAAAAGAUAUAUGCAUGGGUACAUAUAAAAUAUUGUAUUUAAAAAUAAAUAAUACGUACGCAAUUAAAA